CAUCACUUCACCUCUAAUUCAACACAACCAUCUCCACUCAAAUUUAGUACUAUUUCGCUUUGGUUUUAGAAAAAAAAUGGAGAACAAGGAGGAGGAUGUGAGGGUGGGAGCCAACAAGUUCCCCGAGCACCAGCCGAUCGGCACGGCGGCUCAGAGCCAGGACAAGGACUACAAGGAGCCCCCGCCCGCCCCCCUCAUCGAUGCUGCUGAGUUUGCCUCGUGGUCUUUCUAUAGGGCCGGGAUAGCCGAGUUCAUUGCCACUUUCCUUUUCCUAUACAUCACCGUCCUCACGGUGAUGGGAGUCAGCAAAUCUGACUCCAAAUGUUCAACUGUCGGCAUUCAGGGCAUCGCCUGGGCCUUUGGUGGCAUGAUCUUCGCCCUCGUCUAUUGCACCGCUGGAAUCUCAGGUGGACACAUUAAUCCGGCGGUGACGUUGGGGCUGUUCUUGGCGAGGAAGCUGUCGCUGAACCGUGCGGUUUUCUACAUGGUGAUGCAGUGCUUGGGAGCCAUUUGCGGCGCUGGCGUCGUGAAGGGGUUCGGGAAGAGCCUCUACAUGACCAAGGGCGGCGGUGCCAACGUGGUCGCACAUGGCUACACUAAGGGCAGCGGCCUCGGUGCUGAGAUCAUCGGCACUUUCGUGCUUGUUUACACCGUCUUCUCUGCCACUGACGCCAAGCGCAGCGCCAGAGACUCCCAUGUCCCCAUAUUGGCCCCAUUGCCUAUUGGGUUCGCCGUGUUCUUGGUGCACUUGGCAACAAUUCCCGUCACCGGAACAGGUAUCAACCCUGCCCGGAGUCUCGGAGCUGCCAUCAUCUACAACAAGAGCCACGCCUGGGAUGAUCAUUGGAUAUUCUGGGUCGGACCUUUCAUCGGAGCGGCGUUGGCAGCUCUCUACCAUCAAGUGGUGAUAAGGGCCAUUCCAUUCAAGAAGUGAUGGAAACCAUCCAAUUUUUAGAAUAAUUGGAUUUUCUCAAAUUAUUUUCUCUUUUUCUUUUUGUUAUUUUGUACCAUUUGGUUUGCCAGCUUAUUGUAUUGUAAAUUAUAUGGUUUGUCAUGAGAGGCCAGUGUGUAGGCCAAGGCAAUAAGUUGCCAACCUAUGUGAUUUGGAAAGGGAUUUUUAAUUAUUUUAAUGAAAAUUCCUUCACGAGAUUUGGUGA